AUGGCCUCCCUCGCCUCCCACGAAAUCCUUCCUUUCCACCACCCACCACCCACACGCCAAUCACAACUCCGCCAUCUCACCACCCCGCUCUUCUUCUUCCUCCAUCUCCACACCUCCAAACCUCUCGCAACCCUCGCCCUCAUCUACGCCCUCUCCAUUUCCGGCCCCUCAGCUCCGCAGUUCGACAUCCUCACUCUGCAUGAAACAUCUCGCGGGUGUUUCAUCUUGGGAAUGCUUUUCCUCUGGACACUCUUUUUUUUCCAACAUCUGCAGGUGAAGCAUUUUCUCUCGCGUAAUACAGAGAGUAAUUGUAGAUAUGGGGAAUUGCGAAAUGUUCAAUUUCUAAUCUGCAUCUUCCUCACGAUCCUCGCAUUUCUCCUCCUCCGUCGCAGCACCUCUCUCUCCACAACCCAAAUCGCAGAAUUAACACCAAAAGCCCUCUCCAUGAUUCCCGUCGCAUUAACAUUCCUCAUCGUCAUUUCGGAGAAACUUAUGGUGUGUAUUGUGAGUGCUGUGGUUUAUGGAGUACCGGUUUUGAGACGCGGGAUGGAGGGGGUGUUCAGGGGAGUGUUGGGGGCGUGGGCGGAGGUCACGAGACGCUUGGGGUAUAUACCGUGA